AGCUCCCACUGCUCCCACGCACUAGAUGAGCCACACGCGCUCACGUCUGGAGCUCUCAAACUACAGCUUGCUCGCUCGCACCCAAUUCCGACAUUCCAAUCAAUUACAGGAAAUCGUCCUAAAAGGAUUACUGCUCUUUUCUCUUUGACCUGCUACGUGGAACCAAUAAAUGUAACAGCCGUAAAGUUAGCUGUAAACAUGGACUCCAUCAAUUGUUCCACUGUGGACCUCUCUGAUGAUUUGGACAGUAGGAUGAACCCCAGUAAGAUUUUCCUCUCCCUUACCCUUUCCAUUUUAGCGGUGGCCACCACUGCCAUAAACUCCCUUGUCAUCACUGCCAUCCUGAUCACCCGGAAACUACACCAACCUGCCAACUACCUCAUCUGCUCUCUUGCUGUGACAGACCUUCUGGUUGCCGUUCUUGUGAUGCCAGUCAGCAUUGUGUACAUGGCUGAGGAGAAAUGGGUUCUAGGUCCCAUUGUGUGUCACCUGUGGUUGGGUAUUGAUGUAACAUGCUGCACCUGCUCGAUUUUACACCUGGCUGCUAUUGCUCUCGAUCGAUACCGUGCCAUCACCGACGCUGUGGCUUAUUCCCAGAAACGCACAUGUAAAAGAGCAAUCGUGACCAUAUUUGCUCUGUGGACACUGUCUGUACUGGUGUCUCUGCCACCUUUGGUGUGGAGGAAGUUCCCCAGAGUGGAACUCAAGGACGGGAAAAGGGAAGUCAUGGACUGCUUGAUAGAACACGAUCACGUGGCAUUCACCGUCUAUUCCACAUUUGGAGCAUUUUACAUUCCACUGACCCUCAUCCUGGUGCUUUACUACAAAAUCUACAAGUCAGCAGAGAUGCUACGUAACCGCAGAGGGAGCAGCCGAUUGGUUAAACAAACAGUGCGCAGCGUUAUGCUUUCUGGAUUGAGUUCCGAUAGAGACAUGUCUCUCAAUCCAGAUACAUUCAGCCCAAUUGAGAAGUCAUUUUCAGACCCAUCAACGGACGGGGAAAGAGUUCGCAGCACUUGCUCAUCAGGAAAUCUCAUCAGGGUUCGCAGAACCCCUGGGACCAGAGAAAGACGAGCAGCUUUAACAUUAGGCCUCAUCCUCGGAGCAUUCGUGAUGUGUUGGUUACCCUUCUUUCUGAAAGAGGUGAUUGUAAAUGUCUGUGUGACGUGCAGCACCUCUGCUGUGCUUGCAGAUAUGCUCACCUGGCUCGGAUAUCUCAACUCACUCAUCAAUCCACUGAUAUACACCAUCUUUAAUGAGGAUUUUAAGAAGGCUUUCAAGAAACUUUUGCCUCUCUGUUGUAGCAAUAUCCUGUGAAUUAACGAAGGAAAAACAUUUCAAAACUAGACUUGUGCUAAAUUAUGGGGAACAAAUCUUUAA